UUUCAUUUUCAUUGUUUUUCCUUCUAGAACGUGCCAAAUAAGAUUGCUCCAUAGAUUGCUCAGUUGCCCUUCCUCGAAAGUAUCAGUGCAGUGCGAAAGUGAUAAAGUUAAUUUAUUUGGGAAGUGUUGAAGUGUUAGUUGUGUCGCUGUUCUGUGUGAAAUGUUAAAAAAAUGAGCUCGCGAGCAAAGAGGAUCGUUCAGCAAUCCCUGGUUGACAGCGGACCAAACCGACACCGGCAAACCACAAAUGUUCCUCUGCAAGCAGCAGAGAAAAGUUUUGUCCCAAGCAAAAGAGCUAGAGUGAUUUUGGAUUCAGAUGAAGAAAAUAGCAUGCCCAAUAUGUCUGAUCAUUCUAUGGUCAAUACCAUAAAUCCUACUAAUUCGUCUCCAAAGUCUGGAGAUAAUGAUAGCAAUUUGCCAUCGGGUCACUCCACUCCUGUAGCUACGCCCGUGUCCACCCUCCCUCCUCCUGAACAUGAUUCACAUGAAGAAAAUACCAUGCCAGAUAUGUCUGAUCAUUCUAUGGUCAAUACCAUCAAUCCUACUAAUUCGUCUCCAAAGUCUGGAGAUAAUGAUAGCAAUUUGCCAUCGGGUCACUCCACUCCUGUAGCUACGCCCGUGUCCACCCUCCCUCGUCCUGAAGAUGUUGUCACUAAUAGUACUUCAGUCAGCACACCAUCAUCAAGCAUACCUUCUAACAGUUUAAGCACCUCUAUGCUUACUCCCACAAGCUCCCACAGUACUUCAAUUACUGGAUCUGCGAGACGUCGGUUGCUCGACACUACAAAGAAUUACAUUGAAAAACUUCUGGAUCAAUCGGCUGAUGGGAAAAUAAUAACUAAUUUCUUUGAUAAACAUAAUAGGCUAGAUGAUUCACUACGAUCAGCGCUAGUAAAGAUCUUAAUGACUGAUGAAUUGAAGGAAGAUUUUUCGAAAAUUGUAUCAUCUGAGAGAUUCGAAAAUAUAAGUGAAGCAAUUUGCCAAGUUUUCCCAACAGAAUCUACAUUCACAUAUUUCAUACCUUACUACCGAGAUAAAGAUGGUAAUAGUCAUCCAUCCAGAGGAAAAUUAUUUGACAAAUAUAAUUCUUUGAGAAGAAAAUAUAAACAAGAAGGGUUGAUCUUAGGCAGGAAACGCAGAUCUCUCUCUGGUGCUCCAGCAAAUAAUGGUGGUGCGGACUCCGCAAUUACUCCUGAAGUUCAAGAAAAAAUAGCAUUCCUGAAGAACAGUGCUGAACCUUGGGAAACUGUUGUGGAAUACUGGGAAUGUACAAUCAAAUGUCGUCUCAACGAAAUCGAUCCCGAUUCUAUCAAUGAAUAUUUCAAAACCUACCUUGCCCUUUGCAAACCUAACGGUCACUUACUGCUAGAGGCAGAUUUCAGAAAGCUCUAUCCAACGAAAACAACGAUCUUUUACAAGAACUGGAAGUCCGUGGAAACCAAGAUUUUAAAACUGGCGGAAAUUAAAUCUGCACGCCCUCUGUUCAGUUCAUUGUUGAAGUCCCUGGACAUUGAUUUAAGUUUGAAUGAUCCAGAGAGUCAAUCUGCAAAUGCUUGUUUUCUUCUAUCGGCCCUCCUCCCUGCUCUUACAGUCAAGCAAGGCUGGAAACCCUCAAGAAUCGAAAACAAGAGAGGAUUCAUAAUCCAUCAGGCAACAAAAGAGGAAGCAGAGGAAGAAUUUUCAAGAAGGAGUGAAAAGCUCCAGAGCAAAGGUGUUGGGCCUCAACCAAGCAUUAUUCUGAUUGGAGACCUCCCGGAUGUGUCAGCUUUUGUUCGCGUUGACCAGACGUACUAUAGUUGUGAUACGGUGCAGAGAUCUGUCGAUUUGUGUUUCAAAAUACACAAAUCCUUAAAAUUAAAUUUUGCCCCGGAUUGUUUGCUGAAUUGGCUAUUCAUAGAACAAUACAUCUACGAAUUUGAUUGCAAAUAUGACCUGCAGUAUGCAUCGUUAGCUAGAUUUAUGAACGAUCUGGUAUGAGUCUCCUUUUUAGAUUUGGA